AUUCGACGAAAAUAACUUGAGAGAAGCAACAUCGUUUUCUAAAAUUGACACUUAUGAAAAAAAUAAAAAUAAACAACUAAUUUACAUAGUGGCGUACCGAUUUUUAUUGGAAGUUAAAAAAUUUAGUUUAAAAAAAUUAGCAUUUAAUUCAGUAGAAAAAAUUUAAUAUUUUUAUAUUCGUUUUUUAAUCUGCACAUUUGUGACGAGCAGACACGCAAAACAUGGAUCUCACCAGCAACUCGAAGCGAAAUUCGCAGCAGUGUUGGUUGCCGCAGAGACGUUCGGCGAGCGUCGACGAUGACGAUAACGUGAGCAACAAUUCAGUGAGCUCCUUCAAUGUGCUGCUGACAGCCGCCUCCGAUUCGGAGUCGCAUUCUCCGGUCAGCGUGCGUGACAUGAUUAAACGCUAUGACACAGUGGCCAAGUUGGGCACAAAAGGUGGUGGGCGCAGUCUGAAACAGCAGCAAUAUAGCUUGCCUGCAAUGAAGUCCGCAUAUUUCGGUGUGAAUAAUUUCGGCACCCAUACGCUUUCGCAUCGUUAUCCCUCGCGUCACUAUGUGACACAGAAGAAGGAGGAGGAUAAGGAUAUUAAAUCUACGCAAAUCAAUCGUGGUAGCGACCACAGUAACAGCGCCAAAAUGAAAAACAAUUGCAAGCCAAACAAUAAUACUUUCACAACGAAGCAGAAAACGGAUGCAAUGGAUGACUCUUGCUUCGUGCGAGAACGUCAUGUCUCUUUGAGCGAUGGUGAAAAUAUCUAUGUUGCCGAUCACACCAGGCGCACAUCUAGGUCGCCGGCUCGCGAUGUAGCAGAUGCCACAGGCAGUUUAGAGGAGAAUGUGCCAGAUGGUAAAGAUUGGCCGGCUGUAACUGAGAGCAUCGAAAAUGCGAAUUUUCAGCCAAUGGAGACUUCUUAUCAGAGUAAAACGACUAUUGCAAAGACUGCCGGGGGUGUCCGCAUUAUUAUCGACAUUUUUUUCGAUCAAGAGCAACAGCCAGUAUCCGCCACCGAUGUUGUGGGCAGUCGCGUUGAAACGGACAUCCCGCAGAGUCGUAUACUCAACGAAUUCCAGCAGCAAGCCGCUGAACUAACACGCAACUAAAUGCGACCAGUCAUUGCGCGUGCGAAGUGCUUUCAAGAACCCUAUGACAAAGUCGGUCAACCAAGCUACAAAAAUUGUUUUAUACAACUGGAAAACAAAACUGGUGGAAGCACUAUGGAUUAGCGGCCAAUGGGAUGAGUCCAAAUCUUAGUUCUUUAUUUUGAAUUUUUUUAAAUCAACAAACGUUUCGGCAUUUUUAAAUGCUUUGAAUUUAUUUCUUAAAACUUUAUACUAAUUCACUUGCCAUAAGCAAUUUCGCAAUGAGAAUGCAUGUCACCAAAGAACAUAAAUUGUUUCAAAUUGCUGUUAGAAAAAUAAAAAUUGCAAAACUUCUAACAAAGCCCCAAA